AUGGCCGGCGUGGUGUCCAAGGCCAUCCACCUGUGUCUCUCCCAGGAUGCCCGCCGUUCGUUCGACUCGGGCGUACCUUCGUUCGUGGGCGAGGUCCGCCGGAAGCACCUUUCCGUGAUGAAGCCCGAAAGCGGGGUCGACCGGCUCGUCGAGGGCCACUACAUACAUAGGCGUACUGAUGGAGGACGCGAAAGUGGCAUCGAACGAGGAGUAGCCUGGGGGCGGGUCGGGAGGGAAUGGUAG